AUGGCUGACAUCAUCAACAUCAUCUCUUCUGUGCUCAGAUCCUCCUCCCCCCUCAGUGCCCUGGAGAAGACAUUGGACUGCUGGGAGAAGGGUGAGCAUCUCUUUUCUGCCUGCAAGGCCUCCAGCAACUCCCUUGGCUCCUCUGACACCUCCUUUGCUCAUGAGGGCCAUGCUCAUGAGGGCCAUGCUCAUGAGGGCCAUGCACAUGCCUCCCCCACCCUCAAUAGGAAGGGCAAGAAGCCUGAGAGCGCCCCUGUGCCCCCCUCUUGUGCGGAGGGGGCAUAUACAAAGUUUGGAGGCCUGACCCCUGUUGAAGUGGGGUUGGGUGAACUCCUCUUCAAGCACCUUUGUCAGCUCAGCUGGCCUGUCGAUGAGAUGGGUGGUCACAAGCUCUGGCAGAUGUUUAUUGGGGAGAACAUUGAGGACAAUGAGGAGGAGGGGGCAGAGGAGGGCAAGGGUGUGGGUGAGGAGGAGGAAGAGGGGGAAGAGGAGGAAACAGUUGCAGAUGGGGUGUUAGGACAACACAGGCUGACUAAGUCUGCUCACCUAAGAGUGCCAAGAGUCUAA